CGUGCGAAAAGAACAGUCUAUUUUGAAACACAGGGAAGCGAUUUUCAUUCUUGCUGGAAAGAUUCUUGCUUCUUGGAAAGGAUCUGAACGCCACGAGCUCGAUCGGAAGCGCCGGAACCGGAUAAAACGGAGCAGGUUAGGGUUUUCAACUUGGUUUUUAACUUGCUCGCAAAACGCACCAUGGUUACGAUCGGAGAAGCAUUUACGCCGGUCGAUGGAAUCCUCUAUUCCGCGUCGGAUGUCAUGCUUAAAAUCGGUAGCACCCUAAUUGAAGCGCCGGGUAUGCUGCAUCUAACGGAAAGCUCGUGUAUCUGGAGCUGCGCCGAGCGGAACAGCAGCAUCUCCAUUCCAUGGCCAAGGGUGGGAGUGCAAGCCAUUUCAUCCGCUCCGGUGCAAGGAAUCUACGUAAUGCUGGACAUAAAUCUCGUAUGGCCUGGCUUCUACCAAGGCCCCCCAGAGAACAACGGAAAUGCCCAUCUGGAAGAUGAGGAGGGCGAAAAUGACGAAGGCCACGAAUCGGACGCUUCGGAGGCGGCCAUGACAGAGAUUUGGUUUUUGCCCAGCAGUAGUCAAAUCUUGGACGAAAUUUACGGUGCCAUGCGCGAAUGCCAGAGUCUGAAUCCAGGUUCGGACGUCAGCGAAGACGAGGAUUACAUGGAAGCCGAGGUGGAUGAUUUGGCGGAAGUUGGCGAAAUGCGAAACUUACAGCUAGACGACGACGAUAAAUUCGCGGACGCCGAAGAGUGAAUGAAUCGCGCAGCUGAGAUGUACAUUAUAAGUAAACUUAAGAAGUUAACGGAAGCGGAUUAGAACGAACAAUUGAGGAGGGAAAAAGAAUACGCGCGACGGGAAAGCAUUGGGGAGAACGGAUCGAGAGGGUCGCCAAAAAUUCCAAUGUAAUUCGAAAUUCGGCCUUUCGCACCGCCAUUUGGAAUUACGCCACAACUCGUCUGCACACGCAUUUAACUGCGCUCAGAGAUGCUCUGGAGCCCAUUAGGAGUACGAAUUUGGUUAAAGUGUUUGCCGUAAGUUGAACUAAAAUAACAAGAGAAAAUUAAAAUGGAAUGAAACGAAAUUGGAAUCCCUGUUGGAAGGAUAAAUCAAUCGGUCAAGCUUUCUUUGUGUUUUUCAUACGUACUUUUUAUUGUUCAACAUCGCCCUCCGGAGAACAUUCCAAUCUUUAUGUUCCUGCCAUUCACAGCAUCCAGAGAUGUUUUUUUUUAUUUGCUUAUGGUUC